AUGUCUCAGUUAUCGUUAUCUUUUGUUUUUCAGCGUGAAUGUAUCUCUGUUCAUAUCGGCCAGGCUGGUGUCCAGAUGGGUAAUGCCUGUUGGGAGUUGUACUGUUUGGAACAUGGUAUCCAGCCUGAUGGUCAGAUGCCAUCAGAUAAAACUAUUGGAGGUGGAGACGAUUCUUUCAACACAUUCUUCAGUGAGACGGGAGCUGGUAAACAUGUACCAAGAGCUGUGUUUGUUGACUUGGAACCAACGGUUGUAGAUGAAGUAAGAACUGGUACCUAUCGUCAACUCUUCCAUCCUGAACAACUCAUCACUGGUAAAGAAGAUGCUGCCAAUAACUAUGCUCGAGGUCACUACACCGUGGGUAAAGAAAUCAUUGAUUUGGUUCUCGACAGAAUCAGGAAAUUGGCUGAUCAAUGUACUGGUCUUCAGGGAUUUCUCAUCUUCCACAGUUUUGCCAACCAGAUGGUAAAAUGCGAUCCUCGUCAUGGCAAGUACAUGUCUUGUUGUAUGUUGUACCGAGGAGAUGUUGUUCCUAAAGAUGUCAAUGCUGCCAUCGCCACCAUCAAGACCAAGAGAACCAUCCAAUUUGUUGACUGGUGUCCAACUGGUUUUAAAGUCGGUAUCAACUACCAACCACCAACUGUUGUACCAGGAGGGGAUUUAGCCAAGGUACAGAGAGCUGUUUGUAUGUUGAGUAACACUACUGCUAUUGCCGAAGCUUGGGCUCGUCUAGAUCAUAAAUUUGAUCUGAUGUACGCUAAGAGAGCUUUCGUCCACUGGUAUGUUGGUGAAGGUAUGGAAGAAGGUGAAUUCUCUGAAGCUAGAGAGGAUUUGGCUGCUCUAGAGAAAGAUUAUGAAGAAGUUGGUGUUGACUCUGUUGAAGGCGAAGGAGAGGAAGAAGGAGGUGAAGAAUAUUAA